AUGCGUGAGUACAGUCUCCCAUGCAGUAGUGGUAAAUGGGGACCCGUGAGUGGCUUCGCCCCAAGUCGUGGGCUCCGUCAGGGGGAUCCGAUAUCCCCAUAUUUGUUCAUCAUAUGUGCCGAGGUUCUCUCCAAUAUGGUCAGAAUGGAAGCGGAAAGGGGAGCUAUAAAGGGAAUACGAGUAUGCAGGAAUGCCCCGGAAGUAACCCACCUAUUUUUCGCGGAUGAUAGUAUCUUUUUUUGUAGGGCGGAAGAGAGGAAUGUGGAGGCUAUCACGAGGGUCCUUAACAGGUAUAGCGCUGCCUCGGGCCAAGAGACAAACUUCUCAAAGUCUGAGGUGUCCCUGAGUACAAAUGUGCCGAAUGACGGAAAAAUGGUGUUGGCCGAAAAAUUGGGAGUGAGAUUGGUUAAUGGGCAUGGGAGCUACCUGGGAAUGCCUACUGUUAUUGGAAAGUCCAAAACUCGGGCUUUCAGUUAUUUGAAGGAGAGAGUAUGGAAAAGACUCAAAAGACUAAAAGGAUGGAAGCAACAACUCUUAUCGUUCGCGGGUCGGGAAAUUCUCUUGAAGGCGGUUGUCCAAGCAAUUCCCACCUAUAUAAUGAGUUUGUUCCGGCUCCCUUUGAGCCUUUGCAAUGAUAUCCAAAGUAUGAUGGCCAGAUUUUGGUGGGGUGGGAAAGACAAUGCAAAAAAGAUCUCCUGGGUAUCUUGGAACAACUUGUCAAAGAAGAAAGUGGAUGGUGGUAUGGGGUAUAGGAGAAUAAUAGAUUUUAAUGAAGCCCUCCUAGCAAAACAGGCUUGGAGAAUCAUGAAUAUGCCUGAGCUUCUAUCUUCUCGCAUCUUACGUGCAAGGUACUUUCCAAAUGGGUCCUUCCUAAACUCGGGUGUGGGGUGCAGACCAAGUUACAUAUGGAGAAGUAUUGGGGCAGCAAAUGGGAGUUGGAGAAAGGUUGCAAAUGGGUGGUUGGCAACGGUGAAAGGGUGCGAAUUUGGGGUGACCCGUGGAUGA